ACCAACACCGAUUUUGCUGCAGUUCUGGUUCAGACGGUAGCCAAGUUGAGUCACAAGGUUCUGUGUGUUGUAUUCAUCUAAUAGUUAUCGUGUGUUUUGAAUGGUAUCUGGCAUGGACCCGGUGAAUGAAAGCGACGUCCGAAACGGCGCCGCGGACGCCCAGACGACGCUGCCCCAUGCCAGAGACGCUAGACAAUCGCCGAAGUUCAACCAGGUGUUGCUGCAGAGGAAUUCUACGUCUCCUUCUGUUCCUAGGAAAAUUAUGAGCAAAAAUCACAACAAUACAAUUUUUCCAACAUCAUAUCCUAGCAACCUGGCUGAACUACAACUGUUUCGAGUGAUGCAAAAUGCAUCUUUACUAGUUUACUACGACACCUUGUUAGAAAUGGGUGGAGACGAUGUCCAGCAACUUUGUGACGCUUGCGAAGAAGAAUUCUUGGAGAUAAUGUCUUUAGUAGGCAUGGCUUCGAAACCUCUUCACGUCAGAAGGCUACAAAAAUCCCUUCAUGAGUGGGUUGGUAAUCCUUCCAAGUUUAAACUACCACUAGUCCCAGGGGAUGAUUAUGAAUUAGAGUUGUCAAGUCCAAGAGUAACUAGCAAUCACGGUUUCUACACUAUGGACAAUACUGACAGCACCAGAACAAUCUAUUCACCUUCACCAGGUGACGUUUGUGCCUUACCUUCUGUAGCUAGUCCAGGACUUUCUCUCAACAAAAGGCCUUACUCUCCCUUAGAUACAGCUUGUCCUCCAUCUUCUAGCUCAAGUCCAGGAAGUUGUAUGUCUGUACAACUAACACCAUCACUUAUGGAAUCUCAAAUAUCCAAAUUAGCUGCUGCUGCCGAAAGGCUGAGUAGAAAUCUUCCACAAUACGAACCAAAACCUCACAAUACCAAAAAGAAAGUUUGCAAAGAGUUGGAGUUAGUCAUGUCAAUGCCUGAAAAUGAUCCAAGGAGAAUGGAUGAGAUAAGAAGGUAUGCAGCUAUAUAUGGAAGAUUUGAUUGCAAAAGAAAACCUGAAAAACCUCUCACACUUCAUGAAGUGUCUGUAAAUGAGGCUGCAGCGCAAAUAUGUAGGUUCAUACCUGCUUUGUUGACAAGAAGAGAUGAGCUUUUUCCUUUAGCUAGACAAGUUGUUAAGGACUCUGGCUGCUAUUACUCGAAAACACAAUUAUCAACAAUGUAUAUGAAUAAGCACUUAAACCAUGAAGAGAUGGAUAAUUCGAAUUCGAGAGAUAGUCCAAGAAUACACGAUGGAGAAAUGCCGUCAAAAAAAGCCAAAUUAGAUCUAGUUGAAGGGGAUGAUCGACGGCAGGAGUCUGAAGAUGGUAUACUUAUAAGAACUUCCCUACAUUCAUUAUUUCAGCACCAUUCUAGAAAUACUUCACAUAGUUAUAGAGAAUCUAACACUAGGAAAGCCUCGAUGAUUGUAGAUAUUGAAGAUGCAGAUUCUAGAUACUCAUAUAGUAACUGCAGUUCCCCCCAGCGAAAAAUAGAGGACGAUGAAGAUCUUGAAGACAGUAAUAAAUACUCACCAAAGGUACAAGUCAUAGCUGCUAGUGGAGAUAAUAUUAUAGCUGUAGCUAAUCCAGCUCUAGCUAUGUCAACUGCUAUCAUCACACCUAUUCCCGAAUGCAGAGAAACAGCAAUAAUCAAAAAGGAAUGACUUCCAUUUAUAUUGAAGUACAUAAAUGAAUUGUUUAUAUUUAUUGUGGACACUAACGUUACAUUAAGACUGAAAAUGAAUUAUUCAAUAAGAGAAUAUUUACUGAAACCGAAAAACUUGUUGAACAUACUGAAUUUGGUGGAUGUAGAGCAGAAUUAAAUUAAAUUAAUUAAGUUUUUUGUUUAAUGCAGACUGAAUAUUAGAAUUUGAAACUUAAAAUCUUCUCAAUUCUCUUAUACAUGGUGUUCGCGAAAAUGUGGGAAAUCUCUCGGAUUCAGAUAAAACAUGAAAAAAUAAGAUGACAAGUUCCCAUCAUUUUUUUUCCUAGCGGCCCUACGGAGAAACGGCCUCCUGAAUGAGGUCACUGGAAAUCCAUUUUAGUGGAAUAACACUUUUCAAUAUAAUUUCAAGAAAAUUUGAUAUGAUGAACGGUAGUAAGGACCUCUUAAAAUACGAUUCCAUCAUUGUGUACCUAAUACAUCGCAUCCACCAUUUUCAAAUUUGAAUGUUAUAUCAUGUAAGUUGGUGUUGCAAUUGAAACCUCUGUGAUUUACCUUGAAAUUCUCAAAUGACUGAUACCAUUUUAUAAUAAUUAAAAAUCCAAUAUAUCUAAUGUUCCACUCAUAUUAUCAACAUAAUUCAAUUUUUUCCUUGAUAAAUAUCUUUCUUAAUGUUACGAUGAUACGUGUAAAAAUUGACAUAUAUUUUCAUAGCUUAAUAUUAUUGUAUUUUUGUUGAUAAAGUUGUAAGUUCUUAAA